AUGACUGCGAAAGGAGUCGGUUUUGUGAUGAAAGAGAAAGCGGGGGGGGAGGAUGCGGGGAGAGAGGAGCGCGAGAUAGAUGCGAGCGAAGAGAUGGUACACGAGGAAGAACAGGGAGAGCAGGGAGAGGAGGGAAAGGCGAGGAACGAGGAAGAGGAUGACGACGAGCGAAGAGAGGAGGAUAGAGGAGAGGAGGAGAUGGGGGAAGAGGGAUGGAAGGAGGAGAGAGUGGAGGAUGAGGAAUUUUUGAUGCGCUUGGCUCUCCCUUAUUUCUACGUGCCAUACGAUGACGACCUGCCUCAGGAUCUGGCUAAAGCACGAAUCUUCAUGCGCCAGCUGGCUUCAGCACUGGAGUAUGCACUCAAGGUUGCAAGCCCCUAUGCGCGCAAGAGGCAGCACGUGCAUGCGUGCUCUCUGGUGCGAGCUCUGCCCUUCUACGGUUACCACCCCAACGAAUGCCUCUUCAUCAAGCUGGAGAUGUGGGUGAUGUUCUAUCCGGAUGAAGUGACCCGUGCUGCAUUCAUCCUCCAGUCAGGAGCAGUGAUGGGGCGAGUGUUCCAGCCACACGAGUCUCACAUCCCGUACCUCCUGCAAAUCAAGAUAGACUACAAUCUCGUGGGCAUGGGUCUCGUCCGCCUCUCUCAAGUCCUCUUCAGACCACCCCUCCCCACGCACCCUCCUCCUCACACCUCUCCGCCACCUCCACCUGCUGCUGGGGACGUGAAGAGAGUUUUUGAGAAUUCUCAAAAACUCCCUGCAACGCCACCUCCACCUGCUGCUGGGAAUGCGAAGAGAAUCCGAGGGGUGUAUUUCACUGGCAACGUCCCUCAAGGGUGCUUCUUGGGGGCCAGAAGGCAGGAGGGCGGACGCACAUUCGAGGCAAGGGGAAGCAUGGGGAGGAAGAGGGGGAGAUGGUGUGAGAAGAGUCUACCUGAAAGGCGUGAAGGGCGUUCAGGGAUGGACGGUGUGCGUCGGCAGAGUGUGUGCGAGCUGGAGGCGGAUGGGUGCGUGUCAGACAUAUUGAACGUGAAUGACCUUCUGCGGGUACCUCUCCACGAGGCUGGGGAUGACAUUCAGAUGGUGCCCUCGCUCGCCCCCAUCUGGGAGGAUGAGCGGCGGCGGACAGCAGCAGAAGCCUUAAAGGGAAACGGCAGCAGUGGCAGGCGAGGGGAGGGGGUGAAGGGCAGAGGACAGGAUACCCCUGGGCGUUCGUCAGGUGAUAGCGAAGGAGCAGCGGCAGCAGCAGCAGCUGCUGCAGCAGGAGCAGAAGAAGCAGCAGCAACGCCCCCUGCUGCCGCCACUCCUGCCACUCAGAGAAUGGAGCCGCCACUGAGCGACUUGGACAGGUCUCUCAGGAGAGUGGUGUAUCAAUUGGCAGAGGAGGAAGCGGCUUCACCACUAGUUGCUGCUGAGAGCCCUCUAUUGUCGUGCUCCCAGCCUGCCAACUUGCUCUCCCCAGCACAGGUAGCAGCUUCUGGAGAGCACAGACAGCCGGCCGUUGCUGCUGAGAGCCCUCUUCUGUCAUGCUCGCAGCCCGCCAACAUGCUCUCUCCAGCACCAACAGCAGCACCAGCAGCAGCACAAACUGUGGCUGGAACCAUGGGCGUGACCCCAGGAGCAAGGGUUGCUCGUGAUGGAUCGGAUGGUGGGGAAAGAUGGGUGGAGAGCGGUGGUGGGAUGGAGAGUGCGAGGAAGCGGAGGAGAAGGGUGUCGUUUCAAGGUGCUGCUGAGGCGAAGGAGGGAGGAGGAGGAGAAGGGGGAGGAGGAGAGGAGGGGGAGAGAGUAGAGGAGGGAGGGCAUGCUCCUGUAUGGAGGGGUGAGGAUGGUGGUGCUAAUGGUGGUGGUUCUGACAUGGUCUAUGAUGAUAGUGCCAUGUUGCCGUUGGUGGAUGAACAAGUGGUUGUCACACAGCUAUCACAGCAGCAAAUGCAGCAGGUAACCCCCCCUUGUGCUCGUGUGUUGACGUGUCUCAAAUUCACAGCACGAGAGGCAACUGCGUGUCACCCUGCCCCAUCCCUCCUCACCUGGCCCCACCCUUUUUCACCCCGCCCCACCCCUCCUCACCCCUCCCCACCUGCCUUGCCUCAGGAGGACGAAGAAGAAGCCCUGGACCUUCUGAGAUGGGUUGCCAAUAGCCAGCGUGACAACAGUGAAGGCGACAGUGCGAGCGAUGAUGAGCAACUGUUGCUGGGAGAAGAUGUAGCAGGUGGAUCACAGGAGUUUCUGCAGAUAGGGUCUCAGUUCCAAAUGGGUGGGUCACAGGGGUGUUCUCAAGGGGAGAGGAGGCGGGCAGCAAUGGAGCGAGCGUGGGAGGCAUAUGAAGCAUCUGUGGCGGAGGAGUGUGAGGGGAUUCUGGCGAGUGCGAGGGAGAUGGGGGCGGAGUGGGAAAGAGAGGGGGAGGAGGAGGAGGAAGAAGAGACGGAGGAAGAAACCGGAGAAGAGGAGUUGGGAGAAGAGUGGGAGGAAGGGAUGCAGCAAGGUGUGGGGCAAAGAGAGCUGGUUGGAGGAAGCAACGCACUAGAAGGGAGCGGAAGAGAGGAUAGGCAGGGGCCGAUUCCUCAAGUGUCAGGAAGAAGCGGAACCGAGGGUAAGGGUAAGGGGUGUGUGGAAGGAGCAGCACGUGGUGCUGGUGGGGAGGGACCGGAGGGUAAUGCAGGAGAGGGGUCCGUGCAAGAGGGGGAGGGUGUGGGAGGGAAGGGGAAAAUGGUGGAAAGGGAGAGGUCAGGAGUGCAGGGAAGGAAGGGAGGGGGAGAGGAGGGAGAGGAGGAGGGGUUGGAGUGGAUAAACAAGUUUGUGCGCGGCGAUCUGAUGGCCUGGCAGAUGCACCAGACGGAUGGCGCUAAUGACGAUAGUGAGGAUGCUGAUAACGAGGAUGAUGAGUCUAGAGAGCAAGGUGAGCAGGAAGAGGAGGAGGAGCAGGGGGAGCAGGAAGAGGAGGGAGAGCAGGGGGGCCAGGAAGCGGAGGGAGAGGAAGGAAAGAAGGGAGAGCAGGGAGAGGAGGGAGAGGAGGAGGACGAGAUAAUGAUGACUCCACCAACCACCCGACUGCACCUGAGGUCGCGAAGGAAGCGCCACAAGCAGAGGCUGCAAGGCACUCAUCUCCCCAGCUCUGGCACUGGCACGACCUGUGAGCCUCGGGGAGGAGUGGCUCUCGCUCGUGGCCUUGGGCGUGGGAGAGGUGCAAGUGCAAUGUCUGCUGCUAGUGGUUCGGGCUCGGAGAGGAGCAAGUGUGACAAGCAGAGUCUGCAAGGCACUCAUCUCCCCAGCUCUGGAACUGGUGCGACCUGUGGGCCUGGGGGAGGAGUGGCUCUCGCUCGUGGUUCAUGGCCAGAAAGCAGGACGAAAUCCGUGUGUAGCCAGAAGGAGUUGAAGAAAGGAGAGGAGGAGGUGGGCGGAUGCAGGACUGUUGGUAGUGGUAAUGGGAAGGAGCGCAGCAGAGAGGAAAUUCGAGUAGGCAGUGAAGGAGGCAGUCGAAGGACCUUCCAAACCCCUCACACGCCGCUGUCACCUGUUCCUGCCUCCUCCCCCUCGCAGCUUCCCGCCACCUUCCUCCCGUCCCGCCACAUCCCUCAAGUGCUUAAAGAGAAGGCUGCAUCCGGCCACUCGUUACAAUCACACUCGACAGAAGAACGGGUGGUGGAUCCGCUGGUUUAUCACAGGGCGCCUCCCUCGUUGCAGCAGUUGAGGGACACGUGGCAGGCCCAUGGCUUGCCACGUGUGCAGUGGCCUGAUGUGUACUACGGUGACGUCAGGGACGUCCCAGAGAGGCAUCCUGUUUUUGGCGGGAAGGAGUUCAAAACUCACGAUGCUCACCUGCCUCCCUUCCCCUUCGGCCCCUCUGGCCCUCGCUCCCACUCCACCUUCAACACAGCCCCGCCCUUCCUCACUCUCGCCUCACUCACCCCCUCCACCUCUCUUCCCGGAUUCCUCGAUGCACCAGAUAACACAGCACCCAUUUGCCCCCUUCGCCCCUUCAAUGGCGGCAGCACCAGUACUGCUGUUGCAGCGCCUGUUGCUGUGGCCACUUCAGCAGCUGCAGCAGCUUCAGUGCGCUGGCCCGCCCCUAGGCUGGCUCGGGAAGGGGAGCCCGUACCUGGAGUGCCGAGCCGAGUCGACAGGCUCGGCCGGACGUCGUAUCAGAUUGUGCCAGCUCAGCAGCCGCCCUCUCGGCGGCGGGUGGAGGUGUGGGCGAUAAGAGAAGGGCUGCUGAAGACGAGGAAGGAUAAGCAUGUUGCUUACUCAAGAAGCAGAGGAGAGGAUAGGAGGGGGGUGAGCGUGGAAAGGGGAGAAAUAGCUGUGUCUGCUGGGGGUGCUGAAGCUGAACCUGAUAGAGGUGCCCCUGGCAGCGCUGAUGCUGCUGCUGCUGCUGCUGCUGCUGCUGCUGCUGCUGCUGCUGCUGCUGCUGCUGCUGCUGCUGCUGCUGCUGCUGCUGCUGCUGCUGCUGGUUGUGCUGGUUUUAUGGGUUCACCCAAACACGGUCUCCAAUGCAGUGCAAUACAACCAAGUGCAGAGCAGCAGGCAGACUUUGCCCUUGAUCCCAACACAGGCCAGUUGCUCGUUCAAGAGGCAGGUGUGCUGGGUGGGGGAGGAAGGAAGGCCGGCAAGGGUUUGGUGGGUGGGAACCGAAGGAAGGGGGGGGCGGGUUCUAGAGGACGUGGGAACAGGAGGGAAGGGGGUAGGCGGGGUGUGGUGGCGAGGGGAGGAGGUGGGGGGAGGAAUAGGGCAGUGGGGGACGAGGGGGAUGAGGGCGAGGGUGAGAUGGAAUGGGGAACGUGGAGUGAUGUGGGAAGGUGGAGGAGAGAGGUCGAAGAGAUGGUGGAUGAGGGGGAGGAGGAGGAGGAGGAGGAGGACGAGGAGGAUGGAGAGGGAGAGGAGAGAGAGGUCAGUAACAAGGAUGGUUGUAACGAGGAUAGAGAGGAGGGUAGCGGACAUGAUGAAGAAGAAGAGGAAGAAGAAGAGAUAUUUGAAAGGCCUGCGUCGCCCAAGUGGAAUGAGGGGCACGUGCUUACAACGCAGCUGCUGUCAACCCCCAUACAGUCACAGUCACGCCUCAGAUCCCCCCCCUGGAGUGCAAGGUCGACACGAAGCUCCAUGCCGCCUCCUCGCAUCCCCCCUUCUCUCCUCCGCAUGCCUACAGCCGCUGGGGCCGCUGCCAGUCCCACCACCACCAACCCUGCUGCUGCUGCUGCUGCUGCUGCUGCUGCUUCUGCUGCUGCUGCUGCUGCUUCUGCUGCUGCUGCUGCUGCUGCUGCUUCUGCUGCUGCUGCUGCCACCACCACUGCUUCUGCUGCUGCUACUUCUGCGCGUGCUGUUUCUGGACAGUCACCAAUAGGAAAAUCAUCUCUUUCUAUUGGAGAGUCCCCCCCUACACCUCCUUCUCCUGCUACCACCGGUCUGAACCCCUCUCAACCUUCACCCACUCUCCUCCAAUCACCCCCUCUCAUCCAAUCGCAACCCCCCACACAGAGUUUCCGACCUCCUCUUUCUCCCUUCACCUUGCCCCCUUCGCCUUCCUCUGCGUCUCCUGUUUCUCCAGAAUCGAACCCCGACGCCCCGGAGAGAGCACAGCACCUGUGCUUCACCCAACCUGUGUCUUCUGCUCCGAUUCCUUCCCCGUCUUUCCACCUCAGGAACCCCGACGCCCUCUCGUCCUGCCGCAUCCACUUAUUGUCCUCGGAAGUUUCUUUGUUAGAGUGCCUGGUAGCAGUGGUGAGGCAGUAUGACCCGGACAUACUGCUGGGGUGGGAGGUGCAGGCGGGCUCCUGGGGGUGGCUGGCGGAGAGAGCGCAGCACCUGGGCUUUAACCUUCUCAAAUCGCUCUCCAGAGUGCCGCCUGUGCACGAUGUGAGGGUAGCGCAGGCAAGGGCGCCGUUCAAGUGUGACACACUUGAAGCACGUCUCUCCAGUCCUCCACUCCCAACUCGCCCUGAUUCCACCGGACAUCAGCAGUUCCAGUCGCACCCGCCACAGUCGCACCCAGCCCAGUCAGAACAGCCACUCCCGCACGCAGCAAUCACAUCCGUGCCGCCCUUGGAUUCCCAGCACAUCCCCAUGUUCCCCUCCCAGUCCCAGAUGCACCUCUCCCCAUCUCUCCCUCCUAUAGGCCCGUCUCAAUCGCCCCUUUCACCUCCGCUUGCCACUGCUCCUCGUGAUGCUACUCCACCUGACGCCACCACUCCUGAUGCCACCACUCCUGACGGCACUCCACCUGAUGCAACCACUCCUGAUGCCACUCCACCUGAUGCAACCACUCCUGAUGCCACUCCACCUGACGCCACUCCACCUGCCACCACUCUUGAAGCUGCUCCACCUGACGCCAUCACUCCUUACACCACCUCAAACAUCUCACAGCCAGAGCAGCAGCAGCAGCAGCAGCCAGUUGGCCCAUCCCCCAUCCACUCUUCUCCCCCCAUCCUCUCAUUUCCACUCUCCCCCUCCCAGUCCGUCCCCGUGCCACAAGACAUGAGCGCAUGGCACCGUGGGUUCGGUGGGUUCGGUGGGUUCGCCCCCCCCCCUGCACAUGCAGCAGCUGCUGUGUUUUUUGAGAAUUCUAAAAAAACAGACUUCGCCCUCCCCCCUGCACAUGCAGCACCUGCUGUGCCUGCGGAGACAGGUGUACAGAUGAAUUCCACCACAUAUGGUGCACAGGUGCUGGCACAAACGUGUAUGCAUAUGCAAGCACAUGCGCAUGGGAGUAGAGGGAGGGCGGCGUGUGCUGGUUCUGCCUUGCUGGCAGAUGACCCUUCCACGUGGCCUCUCCUCAUCCCUGCCACGUCAGGAGUGGGAGCAAGUGGGGGAGCUGGAACACGAUGGGGAGCAGGGGGGGGAGCGGGAGGCGGAGGGGGAAGGGGAGAAGGGGGAGCGGGGAAAGGGGAUGAGAGACUGAAUAGAGGUGAUGGACGGAUUGGGGGUGGACAGGGGCCCUUGAAUAACUCGGGGAAGGGAGGGGAACGAGGAGAAAGGGGGAUGGGCGGAGGAGGAGUAGGGAAAGAAGGCGCGACAGGCGACGGGGGGAGGGAGAGGUGGAUGAGAAGGAGAGGGGGAGGCCGCGGGCGGGGGGAGGACGACGCUAUAGUAACAGACGAGUGGGGUAAAACGCACGGCAGCGGCUUGCACGUGGCCGGGCGCAUCAUGAUCAACCUGUGGAGAGUGAUGCGGGCUGAGGUGAAGCUGCCGGUUUACUCGUUCCAUGCGGUGGUGCUUGCUGUGCUGAGGCGACACUGGAUCCACCUGGACGUUGUGAGUGCUGCCACGUGGAUCACAUUUGCCAUGUUAAGCAGCCUCAAACAUCCCCUCUCUCCCCAUCCUCUCCAACUUGUUGCUCCUUUAUAA